AUGCCGCCCAAACAGCCCCAAACAUCGCUGUUUCAAGUUUAUCUCCGGUUACGGCCCCCGAUGGCCACAAAGCCCAAUGAAUCGGACCGUUUUUUGAAUGUUGAGCCGCCAGAGGCUUCGCAGGAGGAAACAGAGAUCGUCCCGCCGGGAUCAACACAUGUUACUCUUCAACCACCAAAUGAUACAAGAAAGCGCGCUAUCGAGAGGUUUGGUUUCACAAAGGUCUUCGAGGAGGUUGCCUCGCAACUAGAUGUCUUUCAUGACACUGGAAUGGAGCCCAUCAUACGCGGAGUGCUGAAAGAGAACCGAGAUGGACUAGUCGCUACCCUGGGAGUCACAGGUAGCGGAAAGAGCCACACCAUUCUAGGAUCCAAGACUGAACGAGGAAUGACCCAAAUGGCACUUGACGUUAUCUUCCGCUCCCUAGAGCCCACAAUCAAGACCGAGGAUGGUAGCAUUACCCCCGUAAUGCUUACCUCGCUGGCUGCCGCAGACGCUUCUGAAGCCCAAUUGUUCUCCGCACAGACAUUUUUGGAAGCCGUAUAUGGCGAGCCAACUGGACGUACGUCGAGAGCGCAAACACCCAUGAGCCCAUCUCGUGCCAAUACUCCUUUAAUGGUACGAAGCCCCUUUACCUUGAACUCCCCCCAUGGAUCCCCAACCCCGCGAGAGCGCACCCCUGGAUCGCUUCUCCCAAGGCUGAGAUCUAAACCUGGAAGCCCCUGUAAGGUGGAUUUGUCUUCUGUGCCCGGUCCCAAUGACGCAGCUCGAGCUGGCUUUGACCAUGUCUCGACUGAGCCCUCUGGAUGGAUCACCCCUGGAUAUUCCAAUCCCAUCCCCUUCAGCCACUCCAAUCUAUUUGAGCCCAAAUCAGCUAAAUCUCGACUUUACGUCUUUAAGGAACCAACCCCUGCCUUGAACUUCCCCCGCCGUCACAUACGUGAACGACCAUGCGCCCUUCCUAGGCUGCCCGAUAUGAGCCACCUUACUGUGGACAUGGAUUCAAAUGCCGACUAUGUCGUUCUGGUGUCAAUGUAUGAGGUAUACAAUGACCGGAUUUUCGAUCUUCUAUCUCCCUCUAUCGUCUCGGGUCAAGGCACAAUGUCCCGUGGCAAUAAUCAAAAAGAUCGACGACGUCCCUUGCUCUUCAAGCCUACCGAGGGCUCACCAGAUCGAAAACUGGUUGCCGGGCUACGCAAAAUUGCUUGUAGUAGCUAUGAGGAAGCAUUGGCCAUUUUGGAUGUUGGCUUAACCGAACGCAAGGUAACUGGUACUGGAAUGAAUAGCGUUAGCUCUCGAAGUCAUGGCUUCUUUUCCCUGGAAGUCAAGAAGCGGACAUACUCAAAGCGAACCGGUGAAUACAACUGGGCCGGAAACGCCCUCACUGUUGUGGAUCUUGCUGGCUCCGAGCGCGCGAGGACGGCAAAGACAGCUGGUGCCACACUCGCUGAGGCUGGUAAAAUCAACGAAAGCUUGAUGUACCUCGGCCAAUGCCUGCAGAUGCAAAGCAACAUACAGGAUGGAAUGAAGACUACUCUCGUUCCUUACCGGCAGUGCAAAUUGACCGAGCUUCUAUUUUCAAAUUCAUUCCCAACGUCUCAUCAGAUGUCCAGAGGCCAAUAUCCCCAAAAGGGUAUCAUGAUUGUCACCGCUGACCCUCUGGGUGAUUUCAACGCCACCUCCCAAAUUUUGCGUUACUCUGCAUUAGCUCGUGAGGUCACCGUUCCUAGAGUUCCCUCGGUCUGCGAAUCUAUUUUGUCUGUCGCUUCUGGUAGUCACCGCUCAGUUAGUGGCUGCACUUCGCCAAAUUUUGAUUCAACCGAAGAGCUCGAAAGAGCUACUGCUGAGAUUAAACGCCUCACGCGCGAUUGUCACGGCCUUGCUCUCAAGCUAGCCGAAGAAGAGAUUGCACGGGCCGAUGUUGAAAUGAGACUGAGAGCUGCUGAAGAAAGAUGUCUCAUGAUCGAGCAGGAUGUGCGAGAAGAAUGCUGGGCAGAGAUGGACGAGAAAACGGAAGAAGAAAGGCGACGCUGGCAGAGGGCAUGGGAUGAGCAGCUCGGUCGCAAUGAUGAGCACAUUGACAAGAAGGUUGAGCUUGUAUCCCGUGGAUUCCAAAUCUUUGAAGACUCGGGGUCAAACGAACGAGUGGAGGAGCUCGAGCAAGAAAAUGACCAGCUCCGCCGCAAACUUGCCGCUCUUGAGCGUGAGAUGCACAACCAAUCGCCGACGAGAAAGCAUAGAACAAAGAAUGCCACGCCCGCGCGGUCUAAUCUUCUUGGCCGCGAGAGCGAUAUUGAGAACGCGUUGCAACGCAUGGAUCAAUUGAAGCUCGCAGAUACCAUGUUUGCUCCUCCAUCGCCAGGAGCCUCGCCUAUCAAGAAGACGAGGAAGAUGGGAACCCGGAAAUGGGACCUCGCCCCAGAGGACCAGAUCUAA